GCCCUUGACAGAUUCCUUAUGUCGCUGCGCGCUGUGGAUGAAGACAUCUCUGGAGUUCAAGGCGCCCCCCGCAGUGACACUGUGGUACCGCAGGACCACUCUAAGCUAGCUCUGAUCAGGCAGAGCAUUGAUAGUCUGAAAGAAAAGGCUCCUGAGCUGGAUCUGCUCCUGCAGGGUGCAAGGCUGACACUUACCCGGGAUGGUGUUCCUGCCUCCUGCCUGGACAUGGUGAGUGCCCUGCUGAGGAGGCUUGGGGAGGCUGACCGUGGGCUGGCUGGCCAGCAGCAGGCCCAGCAGCAGGCCGUCAAGAAAGACACCCAAAGCAAAUCCCUGGGCCUUAGGAAGAGGACGCUGCUGACGGAGCUGAGGAAGCUGCAGGAUAUAAUUGAGAUGCAAGGCCUGAAGGAGCCCACCAUGCCUGCUGUGCAACACAGGCUUCGUGCCUUGUCAGAUUUGGAGGGUCAGUUGAAGGCCCAGCACACAGAGCUCCAGAACAUUCGUGACCUUCAAGAGAAACAGGACGGAGGCGAAGACCUCCUGGAAGAGUUGGAGACUCAGUGGAAAGAGAUUCAGAAAGGGUUUUCUGACAGGACAGAGCAGUGCACUGUUCUGUUGGAGCUUCUGAAGAAGUUUCAGAGCUGUCGGGGUCACUUGAGCAACACCAUACAGCGAGCAGAGCAGGCCAUCAGAGAUCGGGCUUCCUACAUGGGCAAGGACAACCUGCAGAGAAGUAUAGCCAAUGUGUAUGAUAUUAAGGAGGAGCUAGGCGGCCUUAGGGAGCGCAUGGACGAGAUGAGGGCUGUUUGCAGACAGUUGCAGUCCGAACUGAAGAAGUUCCCAGAGUGCAGUGAGAGUCCCUAUGAAGCAGAGGCUGACACACUGAUGGACAACUGGCUGGAUGUGACUGAGAAGACAGAUGCAUAUGUGGAUAACCUUCGGGUGGUGCUGGAGCGGUGGGAGAAGCAGUUGAUGCUGGGAGAGGAGGUGAAUGACUGGGCAAGAGCCAAACUGUCCCUGUUUGCAAAGAGCCAUCCGUUCCACAACGAGCAACAAGUACUUGCCAUGAAGGAUGAGAUCCACACUAUUGAGGAGAAUAUUGAACAUUUUCACCAGAAGUCUGCAGAGAUACAGGAGAUGCUGGAGAGUCAAGAUCCCCCACUGGAACUGCAGGUGGUUGAAACCCAGCUGAGGAAGAAGAUAGGGCAGGUGAAGGAGCUGUUUACAGACUGCACUGACGUCUUUGAGGAGUUGAUGGUUGUGAAGAAACACCUUGCCCAGAAGAUAGCGGAGUGCCAGUUUGCUGUAGAGAACAUCCAGAGUUCUGUCAGUAAGAUUGAUGCAUCUGGGCCAAAGGUUGAAGCCCAGAUACAGGAACUAUGUGAUGAUCUGGAGACUCAGGAGAAUCAGGCUGAGGAUGUGAUGAAGGAGGUGGGUUUGGUUUCCCAUGUGGCCAGUCCUCAGGUGCUGGAGCCACUGGCUGCUGACUACAGCAAGCUGACGGACGCCAUCUCCCGCACCAAAGACAUGAUCCACCUGAAGAGGGAGGAGAGGGACAAAGGCCUGCUCAGAAUUGUCCAGGAUGAAAGGCAGACGUUUGAGGAGUGGUUCCAGGACGUGCAGCUGUUUGCUAAUGAGUGUUUCGAGAACCCCGAGAGCCGAGCUGAUGUGGAGACAUCUCUGCAAAGACUGACUGGUUUCCUAAAAUCCAAGGAUGCAGAGAGACGUCUGGAGCAGCUGAAGGAUCAGCUGGAGCGAGGCAGCCAGGAGAUUCCUUCGCAGCAGCUCUCUGAGCUCGCCAACUGGUUGAAGGAGCAGCAGGUGGAGCUGGAAACAUUCACAGCUCACUGCCACAACAGGCAGAAACAAAUGGAGUCACUGCUCAGCGACUUAAAUUGUCUACAAAAGGAGAAUGACCGCUUCAGUGAGUGGCUGCAGACCAAAGAGAAACAGUCUCUGAUGUCAGGCAGAGCCAGGCUUCUUCUCAAAGAUCUUCAGGAUCAGGAAAGAGCUGAGACCCUGAGUGAGCUGCUAGCAUCAGUACGUAGACGAGGUGUCAGAGGUGAAAGCCUCCUGGAGGACGGUGAUAACUUAAUACAACGCUACCGAAAUUUGAAGGCUACACUGCAGAAACAGGUGGAGGCACAGAACACCCUGCAGGAGGAGUUUAACGCCCAGGCUGAGAGCACCAGGACCUGGAUAGCUGACCUUCUGCAACCCCUGACCUCACCUGUCACCCAAACAGAGGGGAUGAAGCACAAAGCACAGGCCAUUCUAAGCUUGAAAACAGAGGGGGACUCUAAGCUGAACAAGCUGAGAAGACAGAGCCAGAGUAUGUGUGAACAGGAGGACCUGGAGGAGAGCAGGAAACAAGAUGUUCAGCAGUCGGUCAGAGAAACCGAGAAACAGUGGACGACAGCUCUGCAGACAGCUGAGAUGGCUCUCAACCAGGCGGAAACACAAGCGCUGUUAGACGAGGAUUUACACACUUUCAAAACCCAGAGUGAAAAUGUACAGUCCUGGAUCAGAGACCAGGAGCUGAACCUGCAGUCUGGUGGUGGAACCAUGCAGGCUGAGGAAAAGCUGCAGAUCAUACAAGCUACUCUGACCUCAAAGCCUGAGGGAGAGUCGAAGCUCCAGGAACUGAAGCGACGAUGCCAGUGUAUGUGUGACAACCUGGAUCUGGAUGAGAGCAGGAGGCGAGAUAUUCAGGACACAGUUAGACAGACAGAGGAGCAGUGGAGGAAAGUCCUGCAAGCUGCCGAGGAAGCUCUCAACAAGGCAGAGACUGAAGCUACCACUGAAAGAGACCUUGAUGCUUUCAAAACUCAAAGGGAAAGCAUCCAGUCUUGGAUCAAAGAGCAGAAGGAAAAGCUGUUGGCUCUUCGUAGUCACGUGCAGUUUGCAGAAAGGUUACAGAUUGCACAGGCUGUUUUGAGUUCCGCACCCGAUGGACAGUCCAAGCUACUCGACCUGAAGAGACAGGGCGAGAGCCUGUGUGAGCAUCUGGAUGAGAGCAGGAAGCCAGAGGUUCAACAGCUGGUAAAAAACACUGAGCAGCAGUGGAGGUCAGUCCUGCAGACUGCCAGACUGGCGGAGCACCGAAGUCUUGCAGACGACUUCGAUACUCAGAGUAAAAGCACUCAGUCCUGGAUCAGAGACAGACAGCAGAAGCUGCAGUCUGUGGGCAGUCAGACACCACCUGGAGAAAGAUGCAUCAUAGCUCAGGCCAUCCUGAGCUCCAGACCUGAAGGUGACUGUAAGGUGAACAACCUGAGGAGGCGAGGCCAGAGUCUGUGUGACCAUCCGGAUGCUGAGGAGGGCAGGACGGUCCAGGUUCGGCAGACAGUCAGGGACACAGAGGAGCAGUGGAAGACACUGCUGCAGGCUGCUCAGAAGGUGGAGGUUGCUGCUGAAGCUCAGAUCGGGCAGGAAACUGAGAGGAGAAAGCUGGAGCUGAGAGAAUUUCAUACCCAUCAGCAGGACACUGGGCGCUGGCUUGUAGACCUCCAACAACGACUGGACUCACUGGGCAACCAGACCAAAGCUGAGGACAGACUGCAAGCAGCACAGGACAUUUUGAGCUCCAAAUCUGAAGGAGACUCCAAGCUCCAGGAGCUCAGGAGACGAGGCCAGAGUUUGUGUGGUCAGGACCUUGAGGAAUGCAAAAAACAAGAGGUUCAGCAAAAAAUAAAAGGCACUGAGGAGCAGUGGACAGGAGUCAUGCUAGAUGCUAAACAAGCCUGGGAUCAAGCUAAGAGGCAAUGUGCUCUGGAGGGCCAGCUGAGGGACUAUGAAGUCCUAAAAGAAAACACCAAGACCUGGCUAGAAGAGAAGCAACAGAGCCUGGUUUCUCUGGAUCGUCAGGCAGAUCCAGAAAAGACAGUUAACACUGCACAGACUGUCCUGAGCUGCAAGCCUGUGGGAGACUCCAAGUUGACAGAGCUGAGGAGACUGAGCCAGAGUUUGUCUGACCAGGAGGACCUAGAGGAGGACACAAAACGAGAGGCUCAGCAGAUGGUAAAAGACUCAGAGGAGCAGUGGAAGACAGUAUUACAGACUGCUGAGAACACCCUGAAGAAAGCUGAGGUCCAGUACUCACUCUCCAGGGAGCUGGAAGCCUUCUGUGCUCAGGCAGGGAGCACUAAGUCCUGGGUUAAAGAGCUGCAGGAACAGGCUGACUCCAAAGGGAAGGGUACUCAGGGCAGCCAGGCUCAGUUAGAGGACAGGCUGAAGACAGCACAGGCCAUCUUGAGUACCAAGUCAAAUGGUGAGGCCCGAGUGAUGGAGCUGAGGAGACGAGCACAGAGUCUCGGUAACAAGAAGGAUCUGGAGAUGGACAAGAAGCUGGAGGUUAAGCAGAAGGUCAAAGACACUGAGCAGCAGUGGAGGAUGCUCCUGCAGGCCGCCGAGGAGACACAGAGACAGUUGAAGGGCAUUGUGGAGCGCCUGGUGUCCUGUCAGCACGAGCGAGGUCAGGCUGAGGCCCAACUGUUUGAGCUUCAGAAGCAGACAUCCAGCCUGCCUCGCGUCUUCCCCUGGCCUGGCCUGGGAGAGCGAAGGCAGGCAGUGGAACAGGCCCGCUCCUUGCUGGACCAAAGCACAGCUCUGGCCCCCGUCCUCACAGACCUCCAAGUACAGGCUGCAGAGCUGUUUGAGAUCACACAGGACCCUGGCUGGAGUGAACCUUCCUGGGCAGCCAAAGAGGAGUCUAUUCCUGCUCUGCUGAAAGAGUUAACUGAUGCACUGGCUAACCUGGAGCAGGGCAUCCUGACAGAGAGACAGUGCACCCAGCUGAUGGAGCAGCAUGAAGCAGCUCAGGACUGGCUGAGGGACCAUGUCAAAGGCUUGGGAGCUCCUCCAGCAGACCGUCAGGGUCUGCACACCACUGCCAACACUCUGAAGGCUUUGCUCCAGACAGUGGACAGGGAGCAGAGAGAGAUGAAGGAGCUGGACUCUGCCAGAGACAAUUUGAUGAACCUCUGCACCCCUGCAGGUCAGGACGCUUUAGCCCUGGCAGUCAGCCAUCUCCACGAUCUCUGUUCCACCUCGGAGCAGGAGGUGAGGCAGCACCUGAUGAGCUGUGAGGCGCAGCUAGAGGAGCUGGACAGUCAGCUAGCCAGGAGGACCCAGAGGCUGAAGGAGGGAGCUGCAGCUCUGCAGUGGGAGCUCCGUUCCCUGGACCAAGCGCUCAGUUACAGCGAACCACAAAACAAUAUUGCUCAGCUUCAGCAGCACUGGCACAGCCUUCAGAAUUGUGAGAGGUCUCUGGAGGAUUUGUGUGUGAAAGUUCAUGAUCUGCACCAGGAAGUAAAGUCAACACCUGCCACCAACGAGCUACCAGCAGAAAUUAUCAGUGUGGUUGAAUCUUUAUGUCAACAGCAUGACAGUCUGAAGUCCAGGCUGAAUGAGCAUCAGGGUAACUGCUCUACAAACACAGCCCGCUGUCUGAUGGAUUGCCUUCACGCGCUGCAGCAGUGGAACAAGACAGAACCAUCAGAGUCCAUUUCUUCUGUACAGGUGACAUUAGAGGAUGGUGAAAAGUUGCAGGUCAGCCUGCGUGAGGCACUUUCUCACCAGCACUUUCUAAAGCGCUGUCUGACACCGGACUUGUUUGAGAAACUGGACAAGGAGGGUUCAGAGACUCUCAGCGAAGCAGACACACGUAAAGCUUCUCUAAGCCAGAGCUUAAAGGAACUUGAGAAAAGGAGUAAAGACAAACAAGCUGACAUUCAGUCAUCUGAUGUACUUUGUGGUAGUCUAGAGGAGACAAAGGCGUCUUUGGUGGCACCACCGCGAAAAAGCAAACAUCCACCUGAGAAAGAGCAUCAACUUAAACUACAGCAAAAUAUUCCCUCAACAGAAAAAUCUGUAUCUGUUGAGGAUAAAUUGACAGUUCCAGCUGAGGCCAUGCAAACUGAAGCUGAAACAUUAAAGCUUACUAUGACGUCAGCUGUGCAGGACGCAAAAAGUAGUUGUGUGAAGCAAACCAGAACUGAAACAAUAAAGAGGAAAUCUCAGAGUCCAACAUGUGAUUCAGAACAUAUUACUUCCCAAGAGGCACAAUUUAAAUGUAUAAAGCUAGAUACAACAACAGAGCUUGUCACAGCUGAGCACAUCAAACCUACUGUUGAGGAAACUAUACUGAUUCAGAAAGCCAAUAAAAAGUCCACCCCUGUUAUUAGAGACGAUACCGCACCUGUACCAUCCAGAAGAAAAUCCAAGGCUUCAGACGCUGAUAAAGAGCAUGCCCAGGUGGAACCUGAAGUGGUGGAAACCACUGCUACUCAAAGGUCACCCAGAAACCAGACAGAAUCUGCUUCUGUGAGAGAAUCAAAGCAAGUCACAACUGGUAUUUUAGAUGUAUCGGAGCCAUUCACAAUUGUUCCUGUAACAGCCGCUGCUGCAGGUGAGGUCACCACCUUAGUGCAUGAGACCCUGAAAACCUCUGUCACUCAGUCAGUCUCAGAGCAACCUAAGACCACAGUCAAGCUUGGACCUACUAAAGAGACAAAGACUCCAGAAGUGUCCUUAAACAUUAGUGAUGCAAAACCCGUUCAUAUCAGUGACAGCUCCGAACAUCUGUUGUCUCUCGUGACUUCAGAGCCCAUCACAGAAACAGAUGCUGAGCAGCCUAAAUCUAUACCAAAAAGGCAUGAGUCAAAGGGUUCUAAAGUGUCCACAACCUCAGAACCAGCCCCUAACCAGGGUACAACUACUGAACGCUAUGCAGAGUGUGAGGAAAUUCAGAACGAACCAAUUGACACUGCAACAGAACCAACUGAUAUUCCAUCAGAACCAACUGAUACUGCAGUUAUGAAAGAGAGUAAGCUUUUGCCAACUAAAAAAAAAUCAAAGAGUCAAAACAUUUCUCCACAACUUUCAAACAAGAAAGACACACAGACCAUGGGAAAACCUGACAGUCAGAUAUUGUCCAGGGACCAAACUGACGCAGCUGUUGUGGAGCAAAGGAAGCGUGUACCAAUCAGAAAGAAGUCAAAGAGUUUUGAUGUUUCCAGUGUUACAGGGCCAGUGUCUCCCCUUGACAGAAUUACUGAUGUGAAGUCUACAGAAACAAAACAAGAACAGUCUAUUAAUGUGGAGUCCAAGGAAGCUAAGAAAGAAGAUGAAAGAGGGAAGGUUACUUCAACUGUACAGGCAGCUAUGGGAGCAACUGAAACUGUUAUUAUGGAAGAAGGUAAGCUUCCACCAAUCACAAGAAAGUCAGAGAGUCCAACAGUUUCUCCACAACUUUCCCACGAGGAGGAAAACCUGGCCAUGGUAAAGCCUGGCAGUCACAUAACUGACACUUCUACUGUGGAAGAAACUAAACUUAUAUCAACAAGGAGAAAAUCAGAGACUCAGGAUUUUUCCACAGUUGCAGAGCCAUUGUCUCCCCUUGAAAGAGUUAUUGCUGUGGAGCCUAAAGAAACAAUACAAGAACCAGAAAAGUAUGAAACUAAAGCUACUGCUUUGAGAGAAACAAAGCUCGCACCAACCUGGAGGAAGUCAAAAAGUUUUGAUGUUUCCACAGCUCUAGAGUCGGUCUCUGUCAUUGAUGAGACUAUUAGUGCAGACUCUAAGGAAGCUGGGAAAGAACCUAAAAGUGUGAAGGCUUCAACUGAACCUACUACUGUGGAAGAAGGUAAGCUCAUACCAACCUCGAGGAAAUCGACAAGUUUUGAUGUUUCCACAAGUCUAGAGUCGGUGUCUAUCAUUGAUGAGACUAUUAAGGUGGAGUCUAAGGAAGCUGGGAAAGAACCUGAAAGUGGGAAGGUUACUUCAACUGCACAGGCAACUGUGGGAGCAACUGAAACUAUUAUCAUGGAAGAAGGUAACCUCCAUCCAACCACAAGAAAGUCAGGAAGUCCAAAGGUUUCUCCACAACUUUCCCAUGAGGAGGAAACUUUGGCCAUGGAAAGGCCUGGCAGUCACAUAACUGACACUUCUACUGUGGAAGAAACUAAACUUAUAUCAACCAGGAGAAUAUCAGAGACUCAGGAUUUUUCCACAGUUGCAGAGCCAUUGUCUCCCCUUGACAGAGUUAUUGCUGUUGAGCCUAAGGAAACAAUACAAGAACCAGAAAAGUAUGAAACUAAAGCUACUGCUUUGAGAGAAACAAAGCUCGCACCAACCUGGAGGAAGUCAAAAAGUUUUGAUGUUUCCACAGCUCUAGAGUCGGUCUCUGUUAUUGAUGAGACUAUUAAUGUUGAUUCUAAGGAAGCUGGGAAAAAAUCUAAAAGUCCAAAGGCUUCAACUGACCAUACUACUAUGGAAGAAGGUAAGCUCAUACCAACCUGGAGGAAGUCAAAAAGUUUGGAUUUUUUUACAGCUCUAGAGUCAUUGUCGAUCAUUGAUGAGACUAUUAAGGUGGAGUCUAAGGAAGCUGGGAAGGAACUUGAAAGUCCAAAGGCUACUUCAACUACACAUACAGUUUUGGGGGCAUCUGAAACUAUUAUGGCUAAAGAAGAUAAACUCCUCUCAACCACAAGAAAGUCAGAGAGUCCAAAAGUUUCUCCACAACUUUCUCAUGAGGAAGAAACACCGGCCAUGGAAGAGCCUGCCAGUCAAAUGACUGACGCUGCUCUUGUGGAAGAAACUAAAUUUAUACCAAGCAGGAAGAAAUCAGAAAGUACUGAGGUUUCCACAGUUGCAGAGCCAGUUUCUCCUCUUGAAAGACAUACUGGUGUGGACAUUAAGGAACUAAAACAAGAACCUGAAAAGCACACCAAAACUGCAGAGUGUAUUAAAAGGCAACAUGAAACUGCUGACCAAUAUAAAAGAAUUGUUAGUGAAGAAACAAAACUUGCACUAAUCAGAAGAAGGUCAAAGAGUUGUGAUCUUGACAAAGCUUCUGAGGCAAUUGUUACUCAUGUUAGAUCACCUGAUGUGGAGCCUGAACAAAAUAAAAAAGAACUUGAGGGUCACGAGACUUCAACUCCAGAUGCCAUCACAGUACCAACUGUAAUUACUGUUGUAGAAGAAGGGAAGCUUUCUCCAACCAAAAGAAAGUCAAAGGGUCAAAAACCUUCCUCAGAAUCUCCUAGCAAGGGGUUGACAAAGACAAGGGAAGAGCCUGACAGUCAAAAGCCAUCUUUAGCCCCAGAGGUGGUCACUCAAAUUACUGUUUUAGAAGAAGGAAAGCUUUCUCUAACCAAAAUCAGGUCAGACGGCCUUAAACCUUCCCCAGAACCUGCUUCGACGAAAUUGAUAAAAGCCAAUGAAGAGCUUCACGAUCAGCACAUCACAGCACCAACUGAAAUUACGGUUGUGGAAAAAGACAAGCCUUCAGUACCCAGACGAAAGUUAAAGGGUCAUAAACCUUUCCCAGAACCUACUUCCACAGAGCUGAUAAAGACCAAAGAGACUGAUGGUCAAAAACCAUUUUCAACUCUAGUGGUGGUCUCAACGCCAGAAGGAAAGCUUUCACCAACCAAAUUAAUGUCAGAGGGCCUUGAACCUUCCCCAGCACCUGAUUCCAUGGAAUUGAUGAAGACCAAGGAAGAGCCUGACAGUCAAAAGCCAUCUUCAGCCUCAAAGGUGCUCACUGAAAUGACUAUUUUAGAAGAAGGAAAGCUUUCACCAACCAAAAUCAAGUCAGAGGGUCAUAAACCUUGUGCAGAACCUGCUACCACAGAGCUGGUAAAGACAGAAGAAGAGCCUGAUGGACAGAAACCAUCUUCAACUCCAGAUGUGGUCACAGAACCAGCUGAAAUUGCUGCUGUGGGAAAAGAAAAGUUUUCAGAACACAAACGAAAGUCAAAGGGGCAUAAACCUUCCCGAAAACCUGCUACCACAGAGUUGGUAAAGAGAGAAGAACAGCCCGAUGGACAGAAACCACCUUCAACUCCUGAGGUGGUCACAGCACCAUCUGAAAUUACUGUUGCAGAAAAGGGAGCGCUUUCAACACCCAUACGAAAGUCAAAGGAUCUUAAACCUUUCCCUGAACCUGCUACCACAGAGCUAGUAAAGACCAAGGAAGAGCCUGUUGGUCAGAAACCACCUUCAACUCCCGAGGUGGUCACAGCACCAUCUGAAAUUACUGUUGCAGAAAAGGGAGCGCUUUCAACACCCAUACGAAAGUCAAAGGAUCUUAAACCUUUCCCUGAACCUGCUACCACAGAGCUAGUAAAGACCAAGGAAGAGCCUGUUGGUCAGAAACCACCUUCAACUCCCGAGGUGGUCACAGCACCAUCUGAAAUUACUGUUGCAGAAAAGGGAGCGCUUUCAACACCCAUACGAAAGUCAAAGGAUCUUAAACCUUUCCCUGAACCUGCUACCACAGAGCUAGUAAAGACCAAGGAAGAGCCUGUUGGUCAGAAACCACCUUCAACUCCCGAGGUGGUCACAGCACCAUCUGAAAUUACUGUUGCAGAAAAGGGAGCGCUUUCAACACCCAUACGAAAGUCAAAGGAUCUUAAACCUUUCCCUGAACCUGCUACCACAGAGCUAGUAAAGACCAAGGAAGAGCCUGUUGGUCAGAAACCACCUUCAACUCCCGAGGUGGUCACAGCACCAUCUGAAAUUACUGUUGCAGAAAAGGGAGCGCUUUCAACACCCAUACGAAAGUCAAAGGAUCUUAAACCUUUCCCUGAACCUGCUACCACAGAGCUAGUAAAGACCAAGGAAGAGCCUGUUGGUCAGAAACCACCUUCAACUCCCGAGGUGGUCACAGCACCAUCUGAAAUUACUGUUGCAGAAAAGGGAGCGCUUUCAACACCCAUACGAAAGUCAAAGGAUCUUAAACCUUUCCCUGAACCUGCUACCACAGAGCUAGUAAAGACCAAGGAAGAGCCUGUUGGUCAGAAACCACCUUCAACUCCCGAGGUGGUCACAGCACCAUCUGAAAUUACUGUUGCAGAAAAGGGAGCGCUUUCAACACCCAUACGAAAGUCAAAGGAUCUUAAACCUUUCCCUGAACCUGCUACCACAGAGCUAGUAAAGACCAAGGAAGAGCCUGUUGGUCAGAAACCACCUUCAACUCCCGAGGUGGUCACAGCACCAUCUGAAAUUACUGUUGCAGAAAAGGGAGCGCUUUCAACACCCAUACGAAAGUCAAAGGAUCUUAAACCUUUCCCUGAACCUGCUACCACAGAGCUAGUAAAGACCAAGGAAGAGCCUGUUGGUCAGAAACCACCUUCAACUCCCGAGGUGGUCACAGCACCAUCUGAAAUUACUGUUGCAGAAAAGGGAGCGCUUUCAACACCCAUACGAAAGUCAAAGGAUCUUAAACCUUUCCCUGAACCUGCUACCACAGAGCUAGUAAAGACCAAGGAAGAGCCUGUUGGUCAGAAACCACCUUCAACUCCCGAGGUGGUCACAGCACCAUCUGAAAUUACUGUUGCAGAAAAGGGAGCGCUUUCAACACCCAUACGAAAGUCAAAGGAUCUUAAACCUUUCCCUGAACCUGCUACCACAGAGCUAGUAAAGACCAAGGAAGAGCCUGUUGGUCAGAAACCACCUUCAACUCCCGAGGUGGUCACAGCACCAUCUGAAAUUACUGUUGCAGAAAAGGGAGCGCUUUCAACACCCAUACGAAAGUCAAAGGAUCUUAAACCUUUCCCUGAACCUGCUACCACAGAGCUAGUAAAGACCAAGGAAGAGCCUGUUGGUCAGAAACCACCUUCAACUCCAGACGUGCUCACAGAACCAGCUGAAAUUGCUGCUGUGGGAAAAGAAAAGCAUUCAGAACACAAACGAAAGUCAAAGGGGCAUAAACCUGCUAGCACAGAACUGAAGAUAAAGGAAGAGGCUGAAGUUCAGAAAAUUCCAUUCAUAGAUGUUGUUAAAUCAACUGUCUCUCAACAAGGGACUGCAGAGGAGAGUCAGACUACAGCAGAGGAGAUCAGUACAGUGUGUGAGAAGAGUAUUGUUCAGAUUGGACGUACUGAUGUCAUUCCGACAUUUCCAGGAAGAAAAGUGGCCACAAUCAUUCUUGAAACAUUUGGGGCUUUUGUACAGAUAUCUGAUACUCAGCCUCAUCAGGUGGACACUAGUACUUCAUCCCCUCACACUGAACCUCUGGAGUCUGUCAUUCCACCCAUUUCCACCCCAUCUGAACCUACAGUCUCAGAGUUACAAGAGCUUAAAGACAGAUCCAAAAAGGCCCCUGAACAAACUAUUACCCAGUCUACCAAAACAGAAUUAGGUACAGGGUCUCAAAUGCAACCACCUCUAGCUUCCGAGCCUACAGAUGGAAUAGAUCUCAUUGACAACUUAUGCAAGGGUACACCAGAGACUCAGAAGAGAUAUCUGGUUCUUGAUCUGCCUGACAAAGGAGUCACCAAGUCAUGUGAGAUGAAGCCAGUUCAGACAGAGGCAGGAACUGUGGCUGAAAGUGACUCCACUCAACCUGCUUCUGCUGUUUCUGCAAUGGUACGGCCAGAGAGGGCAGAGACAGAAUUGACAGAAAUAAUCUCAUCUGAGCCAGAAAUAUUUAAACUAAGCAAAUCUUUAAAUCAGCUGGAGCUCAUGGAAACCACAGAGGAAAGACUCAAAGAUGACAGGGAACACAGUGUCCAGAAGGAAUGUGUUCAAGUGUCAACACAAGAUUCCCCAGAGAGCCUGGAUAAGAAGUUUGUUGAAAUGGAUGACAGCAAACAAGGGGCGGAACAGAAUGUUUUACAAAUCAGUACAAAGAGUGUUAUACAAAAACGUGAAGUCAUAACAGCCUCAAUAGAAGAUGAGCUGGAGCUGGGUAUGGACCAAUCAAGUAUCCUGUGUGAGAUGGCACCAGAGAGCAAGGAUACGACUACCACUGAUGUUCAGCCAGUGGGGGUUGCAGUUGAAUUGCAAGGCAGUGUGGCUAAAAGUGACUCCAUUCAACUUUCUAAUGCUGCUGUUGUUGCAGCACUUGUGCCAUUGCAUGAAGCAGAAACAUCAUUUUCAGAAAUAUCUGAGCAGGAAGCAAUAAAGCCGACCCAAGCUGUGAUUCAGUUGGAGCUUUUGAAGCCCACAGAGGAAGGACCCAAAUGGGCCAAGGAUUAUGAUUUACAAGGAGAGCAAACUGUCAGUACACAUGACAUGCAAGACUCCCCAGAGAGCCCGGGUGAAACAUCUGUUAAGAAAGUUCAUAAGGAGCCUGAAGAGCACAUUAUACAGGCAGAUAUACCGACCAGUCCAGAGCAGCAUGAAGACACAUCUGUCACAGCAGCAGAGGAGCCAAAGAUUGGAGUUACUCAAACAAGUAUCCAGAGGGAAAGAGAGCCAGACAGUCAAGAUGAGACUACUGCUGAUGUUAGGCCAGACAAAGCUGUAGCUGAGAUGAGUACAACAGAAGUGCAAGAACGUAGAACUGAAAUUCCAGACAGUGUGGCUCAGAGAGACUCUGCUCAGCCCACCUCGGAUGCUUCUGAAGCAUCAUUACCACAUGAGGCAGGGACGGAAUUGACAAAAGUAAGCUCAUCUGAACAGGCUAUAGAGAAACCAAGCCAAACUGAGUCUCCGAUAGCGCCCAUUAAAACCACACAUGACAGACCCAAAGUGAUCAAAAAACACUAUUUCCAAGAACAGGUGUCUGCAAUGUCGACAGAUGGCAUGGACAGUGCACCGAAGAGCUUGGAUAAAAAGUCUGUUAAGAAAGACAAAAUCCGCAAGAAGCCUAAAAAGCACAUUAUACAGGCAUAUGUACCGAUCAGUCCAGAGCAGCAUGAAGACACAUCUGUCACAGCAGCAGAGGAGCCAAAGAUUGGAGUUACUCAAACAAGUAUCCAGAGGGAAAGAGAGCCAGACAGUCAAGAUGAGACUACUGCUGAUGUUAGGCCAGACAAAGCUAUAGCUGAGAUGAGUACAACAGAAGUGCAAGAACGUAGAACUGAAAUUCCAGACAGUGUGGCUCAGAGAGACUCUGCUCAGCCCACCUCGGAUGCUUCUAAUGCACUCCACCCAUGUGAGACAGAACUUAUAGAGACAGCCUUCUCUGAGCAAGUCAUAGGAAAACCUGGCCAAACUAAAACUGAGACAGGGUUCUUGAAAACCACACUAGAAAGAGCUACAGAAGAUAAGGAACAUGGGGUCCAAAAAGAGCACCCUGUCACAACAACAAAAGAGAUAAAGAUAGAUGUAGUUCAAACCCAGAGUGAAAGAGAGCCAGAGAACAAAGAUAAGACCGUGGCUGUAGCUGCAACAAGAACAGAAUUGCAACAAAUCAGCACUGAAAUCCAAGAGGAUGUAAAACAUAGUGAGUCCACUCAGCCCACCUCUGUUGCAGAGCAGCCAAGCAAAACUGUGAUCGAGCUAGGCUUUUUGAAAACCACAGUGAAAACACCUGAAGAGAUCAAGGAUCACAAAGUGGAAGAAGAGCAUGCUGAGGUGUCUACAAAAGACUUUAAAGAUGCACCCCAGAGUCUAGAUGACAAGUCGGUUGAGGUGGAGAACAUCUGCCAAGGGGAUGACAUGCUCAUUUUGGAACCAAGUACGGAGGUCACUGUAAAGGAGCAUGAAAUCACAUGUUUUUCAGCAGCAGGGGCACCAGGGUUUGAUGUAGACCAAACAAGUAUCCUGUGGAAAACAGACCUGACUUCUGCCAGUGAACGCCCAGAAAAGGCUGCAUUAGAGAUGACCAUGGUGGAAGUGAAACUCGAUCAACAUGGUCAUCAAGAACAGCAGGAUAAACUGUCAGCACAUGAAAUGGAUGAUCAAGCCAAGGUCCUCAAUGAAAAGUUUAUCACAGUGGAGAAAAUCCCCAAGGAAGCUAAUGUGCAUACUUUAGAUGUCUCUGUCCUGAUAGCGAAGGAACCAGCGACAGAAAUAUCUCAAACAAGUAUGGAGUAUGAAAAGAUGCCAGAAAGCAAAGAUAAGACUACAACUGACCAUGAGAAGGCAGCAGUUAAGAUAAAAGAUGAAACGCAACAAGUUCAGUCUGGAAGUCAAGAGGAUGUGCCUCAGAGUGACUCUGCUCAACCAGUAUCUGCUGUCUGUGCAGCAGUGCAGCCUUCUGAGUCAAAGACAGAAUCUGUCCGAGUUACACCAAGCCAAAGGGACACUCAGUUUGAACUCUUCAAAACCACACUGGAAAGACUAGAAGAGGUCAAGGAUCCCAGUGUCCAAGAAGAACAGGCUAACAUGCUGACGCAUGAAAUGCAUGGCGUACCCGGGAGCCAAGAUGCCAAACCGGUUGAAAGGAAAGAACUUGACUUGAGUGUACAAGAAGAAAAAGGUGUCACAACAGAAAAGGAACUAAGCAUGGAAUCAACUAUCGAGCUGGAGACAGUUAAAGUAAGUGAGGAUAUGACUGCUACGGAUGGUCAGCCUGACAAAGCUACAGUAAAGAUGGCCAGGGUAGAAGUACAAGAGACCCGUGCUGAAUCCCUGUCUGGACUUAGUGUGGCUGCUAUAGCCGACAUGGACAGACACAAAACAGAUGCAACAGAAAAGAAAGAGGAGCCAAAGGAGGAGAAGAAGAGGGAAAUGACAGCCAGAGUAGAGCUACGAAAGCCCCCAAUGACAGCCACCACAGGUGAAGAGAAGCCCCAGGGCUUUGAUUUGCCACAGGAGCAGGGUUACAGUGCUGACAAGACAGCAUCGGCAUCACAGCAGGCGUAUCAGAAAUCAUCAGCUGACGUUAUCCUUGGUGAAGUAAUCCAGGUGGGAGGGCUGCCUACACGUGAAACCAAAGUGGAAGCAGGUGUUAUGAAGACUGAGACGAUAGCCCUGGAGCCACCAGAAGGCUCUGCCCUCUUCACAGACAUACAGCUAGUAGCAGGGACAGGACCCAGCAGUCAACUCACUGAGGGUGACCUACUGGAGGAUGCUACAGAGGCUCUGCUGACAGUCACCAGUGACCUGGAUGGUCAUCUUAGCAGGCUGGUAUCACAGAUCCUGAGGUGCAAGAACCGCCCAGCCGAGCUCAGCCCAACAGCCAUGGGCAGGCAGGUGGAGGAGGCUCAGCAGUGCAGAAAAACCGCCCAGGCCCAGGUGGCACAGCUCUCUCAACUGAGAGGAGCUGGUGCUGAGAACAGAGACGCUCUGGGACGGAUGGAGGACCAGUGGCACUCCGCUGCCCGGGAUGCAGCUACUGUCAUUCAGAGUAAAGAGGCCCAAAUGCAGCUGGUGACCGAUUACUGCAGACAGAUCCAAACAGCCAAGGACACAGUGGAAAGACUAACAAUGAAAAUGUCCCCAGAGCACAGCAGUUCCAAGGAGGCUGAGCAACUGUGCUCCUUACAGAAAAGUAUGGAGGAGAAUGGAACAAUACUCGGGGAGUUGCUCAUGACCUCCACCCAGCUGAGUCCCCACCUCAGCUGGUCCGAGCGAGCAGCCACACAGGCUGAGCAGAAGAACCUACAUGAGAAGUGGAGAGGCCUGGAAAGAUUGGUGGAGAGGUUGCUUCAUUCUGCAAGUGUCCAUUCUCAUGAGACCAGCAGCCUCCUGUCACAGAUAUUAGCUCUACAGGAACACUUGGACACAGUUGGCAAAGAGCUUGAAGCCAAGUCUCCAUCAGUUACUCCGUGGGACUGCAAGAAGGCACAGCAGCUGAUGACGGCAAAUGCUGAGGUUAAAGCUGCCCGACAGAAAUACCUCCAUUUGCAGCAGCUUUCCAAGGUGCUUCUCCUCAGCCCAUGGUGGGAGAAGGAAACACAAGAGAUAAAGAAGGGGCUCCAGAUGGUCAAAGACAAGCUCAAGCAUGCAGAGGAAUUGGUGUCCUCCCAAACCCAGAACUGCAGCAACCCCAUCAUGGAGAAAAUUAUUGUGGUGAUGAGGGAUGGCCUUGCCUGGGCUAAACAAACAGAGAGUGACAUCGAGGGCAGGAGGAAGAGGGUGGCUCUCCUCCCUGAAGACGUUCACCGGAAACUCAAAGAUUUGAAGACGCUGCAGUCAGAAGUGAUGGCCAAACAGGGUCAGCUGGAGACACUGGUUGAGGAAGUGACAGAGCUCCUUCCACAGCUGGACCAGGCUGAGGAGGUGCCCAUGGUUCGUUCCACUCUCGAAUCCCUUGAACAACUCUCAAAGUCAACUACUGAGAAGCUGGCCAAGGCUGUGAGAGAGACAGAGUCAGGGCUGCAGACCAGAGAAAAGCUGUCAGAGCAGAUCGCUGAUGUAGACUCCUGGGUUGUAGCUCAUCUGCACAGAGAGGUCUCCAGGACUGCAGACGGUGAACUCCGGAGCCCUGCUGAGCUGGAUCGCAGAGCUCGUCAGAUCCAAGAGACCCUGGCUGAGGCUGAGAAGCAGGCUGCUGUCUGUGAGGCUCUUUUAAUGAAGAGUAAAGACAUUUCCUCUGAACUCAGCAGCACAGAGAACUGUCAGCUUUUUGAGAAGCUUACCAACCUCCAGGAGGAUGUCAGAGCCAUUAGCAGCUAUGAGAAGGCCAACAAAACAGAGCUGGACGACCUCAUCCAGGCUGUAGAUUCAAGCAAGAAACACCUGGUCACCAUUGAAAAAAGCCUGAGGCAGAUGUUAGUGGAUGUCAGCAGACACAGGUUCCCCAUCACAAGAGAGUCCCUGCAAGCCUUGGAGCCUUUCAAACACAUGAUUUUGGAGCACAAGUCUCAGGUUGACCUCCUUCAUCUGUGGAUUCCCCAGGAAAAGGCAAGGGAACUGCACUCAGUCAUUUCUGAGCUUUACAGCAAGAUAGUCGUCCUGGAAAUGAAAGCCACUGAUCAUGAAAAAUACCUGAACAUGAGGCAGCAUGUGGAGGACCUCAAGGAGAACAUCCAGGAGCAGGUCCGCCAGACUAAAGAAGAAAGCAUGGAGCUGGAGGAGAAGUACAAAGUGUGUCAGAGUCUCCUCGUCCAGUUUCCUCUCAUAAAGCUUUUGUGCAAGGAGGCCCGUGCCAAACUCCAGACAAUCUCUGCUGACCUCUACCCCUCACAGCUAAACACAGAGCAGCAGAGGCUGAAACAAAUCGAGGAGAGCCUUGACACCUGGGAGAUGAAACACUACAACAACCUGAGCAUCAUCGAGUGGAACCUGCUGAAGGAGCUGGACCUGGAAUCAGAGAAGAAAGCCUCUGAGGCCUUCCUUUCAGAGACCCAGCAGGAGCUCCAGAGACUCACUGUGUUGGAGCCACAUGAAGCAGCAAUCAACAAAAAAUAUCAGAGAAUCAUGUCUUUGAAAAAGACUGUAGAGGCAAGAAUGAGAGCCCUGGAGUUCCUAGAGCAAAACAAGGGGAAAAGAAAAGGAAGUGAAUCCCGAGAUGUGACGAGUUUGAAGAAUGCAGUCCUCAGUGAAUGUGACUCUCAAAUGGAGAACAUAUCCCAGGCCAGGGAGUCUUUAAGAGCCUACAUGUGUGCUGUUAGACAGGCAGUACAGUUCUUGAGGGACAUCGAGGCCUCUCUGCUGCCUCCCUAUGGCUCUGUUGGACUCUGCUCUGAAAGGGUGGAGGAGGCACAGCAGGCUCUGGCCGCACUGCAGGAGAAGUUCCAGACCCAUGUGGAGGAGCUCCAGAGCCAGGUUGCUCUUCAUCCUUACCUGUCCCCCCAGAAGGUGGAGCAGCUCCAGGAGAAUAUUCUCAGUCAGCUCCUGGUGAGGAUGUCCACUCUCCAGGCAAAGGGCCAUGUCCGACUGGACUGUCUUCGCAGGUGUGCAGAACAUCUCAGAAAUUACAUCAAGUGCCAAGAUGAAAUCUUCCAGAGUGUGAAGAGUGUUGAGAACAGCCUCUUAGAGCUCAUCUCUCAGAAAGUCACCUGUCUGGCUGACUGCACUGAGCAGCUGGCAAAGCUCAAAGCUCUGUCUGAAGAGUGGGAGUCCCCUCUGAGGCGUCUGCAGGAGCUGAAGGAGUGGUGCCCAGAGCACAGCUGCUGUGGAGGCAGGGAGCUCGCCCUGACUGCUGUCUGGAAGCGAUUAUCAAGACUACGGCACUGCACACAAGAGCUGACGGCUCGUAGUAAGCAGAGGAUUAGCGAAUGGAGUAAUGUCACCAAUGGUAUGGAGAAGGCCUGCACUGUCCUGGAGCAGGUGGAGGCGGAGCUUCCUGAUGCCUCGCGAGUGAUGGCCUCCACUGAGGAGCUUCAUGACCUGUUGCAGUCCUGGGAACAGUACCAGGACAGACUGGACUGUGAGCAUCGAUCCCUGUCUGCACUGGAACUGCGUGCUGCCAGGCUGCUGGGUGUCCCCGCCCACCUGGAGCAGGCCCCGCCCACUCCCCUCUGCCAGCAGCUACAGGGGAUGCAGGCCCGAUACAGCAGUGUGAUAAAGAGGAGCAGUGAGGGUUUGAAAGCAGCCAAGCUGGAGCUGGAAGAGAGAGAGAAAGUUCAGGAGCAGCUGCAUGGCGUCCAGGCCUGGCUGGAGGCCACAGACGGUCUUCUGUCAGAGAUGGAGCAGAGCAGCAGCACUCAGGAGCUACAGGAGGUCCACAGCCAGCUGUAUACCCAGAAUACUUUGCUGCAGCACAUCAUGGAGAGGGUGAAAGUGAAGUACACUGGCUCACCGGUCCCAGUCGAAAUUGAUGGCCACCUGCAGGAAGUCGCACAGUCACUGAAGCAAAUGGAAGUAAAGGUGGGUGAGGCCGUGGAGAUGAGUGGUCCUGUCCACAGGCUGGGAGCGAAUCUGUCUGAGAUCCAGGCUGGCCUGAGGGCAGUUCAGAAGAGACUGGAUCAGAGAAGCCCCACUGUGAUUGAGGCAAAGAUCACUCAGAAGAUAAAACUUCUUAGUACAUGGAAUGAGCUGGAUGUGUGGCAUCCCUGUCUGGCCGCACUGGAGGUGAAGAUGCACGACCUGGAGAAGCCAGAGGAGACGCUGAUCCUCACAGAGAGACUGAUGGAGGUCCAGCAGUUCCACUCUCAGUUGGCCAAACAAGCCGAGCAGAGGACCACCCUCCUCGGCAAGAUUACUACGUGGCUUCAGGAGCAUCAGGAGAUGAUCACUAGCUCGAAGAGCUGGAUAGCCGAUGCUCAGUCCUGGCUCACUUCUCCCUGCAGCUACAUCACCGCUAAAUGUCUGAGCAACCGUGUUCAUGCUCUGCAGGCGGUGCUGAAUGACUCAGCACAGAUCCAAACCACUCUGCAGGGCUUCAGUUCCGUCCUGCAGGAAAUGUCACAGGUGUGCGAUGUCACAGCUCUCCAGGACCAGCUGGUCGAGGCCGAUCGCGAAGUUGCCAGUGUUCAAGACAGCUUCACUGCUCCUCUGUCUCAGCUGGAGCACGCUGCCACUGAGGUGGAGGCCAUUGAGAGCAAAGUCAGGAAGAUGGAAAACGAUGUGGCUGAGAUCAAGACUAUAUUAUCAUCUCCAGAGACUUUCCCCAGCCCCAGAGAGGAAAGCCUCAAGGCAGUUGAGAAGAGGAUUUUGUCCAUGAGACAAACAGUGGCCGAGAUCCAGAAGUGUAAACCAGGCCUGUGUCUUCCAGAGAAGGCUGAGGAGACUCUGACUGUCUUCACUGUAGUGGACCUGCUCCAGAGUCAGCUGCUGGAACUGGAGAAGAAGGUCCCUGCUCUGUUCAUCCAGCAGCCCCUGACUCCAACGCAGGCCAAAGCUCCGUCAGCCCAGGACACCACCUCUCAGCCUCAGCUCCUGAAACCCACCUCAGAGGAAGAUGAGAAGGGGGACACAGAGCAGGGCAAGAUCAGAAUUGUCCAUGUUGAGGAGGAUGUGCUGAAGAGAUCUGGGGCCAAACUGCUGACUGUGGAGCAGGCCUCACCUGAACAGAGACAGUUGUGGACACCUGACAGCACCCAGCAGCGGGAGCAUGAAGGCGUGCUCCAGGCUGAAGAAGCCAGAGAGAAAAAGGGGAGUGAGGAGCAGACAGUGGAAGAAAGUGGAGGAGGUGUUUGGUGGUGGCUCUGGGAUGUUUUCCUGGGCAUUUAUCCACAGGGCCCUGUAGCCGUUGUCCCAGGAGAGAUUGAAGCUGAACACAGCAGUGAACAGGCUGGAGACGAUGGCCAGGACGUUGAGGGCCCCACUGACACCACAGAAGCAAGUUCACCUGAAGGUUUAUCAAAGCCCCUGGGCACAGUCACAACUCAGUCACUGCCUGAGAGCAUGGAGCUCGCGAAGGGACGGAUGGGGCUUGCAUGGAGGGGGGCUGACAGCAAGCCAGAGGGGCUGAAGACAUACACAAGCGUCGCUGUCACUGGAGCCCUGCCACCACUCCAGGAAGUGGUUUCAGCCACAGGUGGGUGGAACAGUGAGGGAAAGAAAGAGGACAGAGACACCCAGGCAGGGGAAAGGGACUGGACGUGGCAGUGUGAGAAGUAGGAUUACAGCUCAGGAUCGCCUGUGUAGAUCAGUAAUAGAGCUACAGUCUGUUCAGGUAGACAUCUCAGAGCUACACUCGACUCAGGAUCCGGUUCAGCUCCUUCCUCAUCCCGCCCUCUCUCUCUCCUGCUCUACCUGUGACCCUGGACCAGGAAGGCUCAGCCAGAUGUGUUGUGUGUGUGUCCCAGGGACCCGAGGAGCCGGGGCCUCAGUUUGGCCCCUGCCCCGGUGAACGUGUCUUCCAUGCCUGCCUAGAGAGGGUCGGACAGCUCGA